UAAUUUUUUUUUUUAAAAAAUAAUAAAUAAAGUGACCGACCACAUAUUGUGAAAUACUGAAGCUCUCACCAGAUCAGAUCAAAGUAACCAACCACCUUCUCUCUGUCCGGCGCGGGACGACUCUCAUCUCGACCACACACGGACACGUUCUUGUUAACCUGAAUUUUUUGAAAAAGAAACUCUCAACAAGCGUUUCCAACCACUAGAGAUUUGAGUUCAGACACGAGCCCGAAACUCAAACAUUCGAGUAAAACUCACCACCAAAACUAUCCUCGAUUGUAGCCAUGUCCACCGAAGCAUCUAUCUCAGACAACCAAAACCUAGAAAUCAACAGCCCAAAUAAGCAAAUCUUCAUCUUAUCCGGUCAGAGCAAUAUGUCAGGUCGCGGCGGAGUCGACAAACAUCACCACUGGGACAGCAUAGUUCCACCGGAGUGUCGACCCAACCAUGGCAUCCUCCGCCUGAGCGCCAAGCUCCAUUGGGAAAUCGCGCACGAGCCUGUCCACAAAGACAUCGACACCAAAAAGACUUGUGGGGUUGGGCCGGGAAUGGCAUUCGCCAACGCUGUGCGAGCUCGUCUAGCCCCAAUUGGCCCGCUAGGGCUGGUGCCCUGCGCUGUGGGUGGGACGGCCAUCAAGGAGUGGGGGCGUGAGGAGCGCCUCUACAAAAAUAUGAUAAAGAGGGCGAAAGAGAGCGUGAAGAGCGGGGGCGAGAUUCGAGCGUUGUUGUGGUACCAAGGAGAGAGUGACACAUCGUCCGAGGAUGAUGUUGCAACAUACCAGGGGAAAAUGGAAGAGCUUAUUCAAAAUGUUCGAGAUGAUCUUUCUUUGCCUUCACUUCCAAUCAUUCAGGUAGCAAUAAAUUCAGGGUUGGAUGAGAGAUUUUUGGAGAAAUUAAGAGAAGUGCAACUGAACAUGAAGGUGGCAAAUGUUGUGUGUGUUGAUGCAAAGGGAUUGGAGCUGAAAUUUGAUAAUUUACACUUAACCACUGAGGCUCAGGUUGAGUUGGGCCAUAAGCUGGCUCAAGCUUAUCUCUGUAACUUUGGGCCAUCUCAAUAACACUUUUUACAUUUGUAUUUUUGGGAUUUGUUUGUUUUUUCUACUUCUUUGAUUAUUACCCUAUUUUCUGACUAAAAUCUCCAGAUUAUCAUAUUUCAUGUAUGGCCCCAUAUUCUAUCCUCUUCAAGAAUAAGAUUUACUAUGAUUUGGGUGUUUUGAGAUAAAAGCUUUGUUGGAUGCC